CAGGUCUAAGGAGACCAAGAUUGGAGUCCCCUCCUCGGUAUGAACCUCCCACCCCUUCCCAGAAUCUGAGCUUGCUGCUCCGCAUUUCAUGUUUUCAUUAGGAAUUCUGGCCGCAACCACGUCGGGGGGGGGGACAGCUCGCAAAGCAAAGUCGGAGAAAGGAAGGAUUUUUCACCGAAUACCAUGACCCGCCCUUCUACCGCCGUUGUCGGACUGCUCAUCCUCUUGAUUGGCUACACUGUGGCAGAAUCCGAGCGGACACCUCGUUCGGUUUCUUCAAGUGCAUGUCAGGAACAUGCAAGUCUUCACAGUCGUCUGGAUGUGGUGGAAAAGGAAGUGGAGGACACUGUUGGCAAAUUGGAAGCUGAGCUGGAUGCCCUCCUGAAGGACAUCCAAGACCCAAAGUGGCGCCCUCUGCUGGACAAGACCGGAACUCCCGUAGACAUCCUGGAGGACCCAGCUAGUGUCCGGUCUUAAAUCUUAAAUAAAAGUUCAAAGCUUUUCACCUUAGAAGAGUUAAAAGUCGCACGCUUGUAUACUCAUCUCUCAUUAAGGAGUUAAACGACUCAAACGACUUCAAGACGGAGUUUUAUUCCUGUAUGAAAGCAAUAAAGCAGCAUGUUUUGAACACACAAGCAGUUCCAUAAAGUUUACAGUACGAUGCUUUUCACUAAACCCUUCACUGUGGGAUGGGAUGGAAGAAAGGAGUCACGUGACUUGCGUGUCUUCACCUCCAUUUUAACAGGACAAAAACGACACUUUUGCAUACUCGGAAAAGGUCGAAAAGGGAAUCGACCGGAAUAGAAGGCAUGCUUUUGCUGGUCAAAUACGAGCACACGGCCUUGGAGAAACACUUUAGAGCAUCCCAUACGUGAACACAUCAAACGGACAAGGUCAACAAGGUCAACAAGGUCAGCAAGCAAUGUCAAAUGAAGAGUUAUGAAAUAAUAGCAAGCUACAAAUUCAAAUCUAAAUCAGUUAUUAGUCAGGCGUACGGUAUAUUUGUGUGCAUGAACGUGGCCGAUACUUUAUUCCAGUAAGUCAAUGAGCCUUGAUACUUCAUUAAAGCAAUAAUAUGUACUACGUAUACUAUAGUUAAAUUACCAUAACAGUGUUUCUCUAAUAGCCAACAUCAGGGCCAUUAAAAUAUCAGUGGAAUAUUUAUGGAAAUUUAGCUUGGAGAAAAAGUUCUAUUAAGGCAGGGAGUACUUUCAAUGUUACAGCAGCCCUGCCAACGUGUACACAUUUAUUGUACUCGACAUUGAGAACCCCCUCAUUAAGGUCCAAAAAUUACUGGAAUAAAAGCAUAAUUUGUUACGAGAAGAAAAUGAAAAUGAAAUGACAGAAACAGCGGCAGUUUUAUGAAAAUAAAGUCAAAAUAUUAAUGGAAAAAAGUCACAAAAAUGUGAGUAAUGUCAUAAUUUUAUGUGGAAAAAUAAAAUUUUUAAUUUAAUGUUUUCAUUUUAAUUUACAUUUAAGUAGCAUAAAAUUAAAAUGUUAAAAAAUAUGUUUUUUUAAAACUUGUAAUAUGAACAAAAUAAAGUUUUAUUUUUUGGAAAAAUUAGGUUGGGGAAAAUAUUGUGGGAAUAAAGUCAUAAUGUUAUGACAAUUUACAAAAUAGAAAAAAUAAACAAGUCAUAUUCAAGUGAGAAAACAGUUGCAAUUUUGUGAGAACAAUGUUUAAGCGGUAAUAUUAUGAGAGAAAAAUAAAUAAAAUAAAAUAAAAUUGUGUUAGCACUAGCAUCGAUGUUAACAUUGCAGCUUAUGCUCAUUUCUGGCACUUUUCCGGGAAACCCGAUUAGCAUUGUAACAACGUCUCAAUGUUAGAGUAGCCCUGCCAACGUGUACACAUUUAUUGUACUCGACAUUGAGAACCCUCGCAUUAAGGAAGUAAGGUCCAAAUAUUACUGGAAUAAAAGCAUAAUAUAUUACGAGAAGAAAAUGGAAAUGAAAUGAAAGAAACAGCUGCUUUUUUAUGAGAAUAAAGUCAAAAUAUUAAUAGAAAAAAAAUCAUAUUCUAACACAAAAAUGUGAGUAAUGUCAUAAUUUUAUGUGGAAAAAUAAAAAUUUUAAUUUAAUGUUUUAAUUUAAAUUUAAGUAGCAUAAAGUUAAAAUGUUUAAAAAAUAUAUGUUUUUUUUUAAAACCCCUUCAUGACGGGAGUAAGGUCCAAAUAUUACUGGAAUAAAAGCAUAACACAUUACGAGAAGAAAAUGGAAAUGAAAUGAAAGAAACAGCUGUAAUUUCAUGAGAAUAAAGUCAAGAUAUUAAUAGAAAAAAAUUCAUAUUCUAACACAAAAAUGUGAGUAAUGUCAUAAUUUUAUGUGGAAAAAUAAUAUAAUCUAAGCAGUAUAAAGUUAAAAUAUAAAAAAUAUGUUUUUUUAACUUGUAAUAUGAACAAAAUAAAGUUUUAUUUUUGGAAAAAUUAGGUUGUGUUGGGUUAUGAGAAACAAAUGAAAUAAAAUAAAAUAAAAAUUGUGUUAGCACUAGCAUUAAUGUUAACAUUGCAGCUUGGGCGACCUAUAUAUUAUGCUAAUUUCUGGCACUUUUCCGGAAUACACGAUUACCCGAUUAGCAUUAUAACAACUUUUAUAGGUCAGUAAAGUGUAAAAAGCAUAAUAGGUCUCCUUUAUACUUUAUACUUAUACUUAUACCUUAUAAUCUGUCAUGUUUAUACCAAAAUAUUAUGCUAUAAUGUUACAUCUUCCUCCCUGGGCUCGUAGUGGGAGCCCCGCAGCAAAUGAUGCAAAUAUGAAUGCUAUAUUAACAUUAGAAUGAUCAUAAACCACCUACAGGAUGCCCGAAGGUAAUUAAUUUCAUACAACAAUAUCAUGCCGUUUACGUAAUACCAGAUUUAUAUAACGUUCAUAGAGAAUCCCACACUGCAUGAACAAUGAAAUAUGAUAUCAUCGGUCGCUUGUUCAUGCACCAAUCAAGCUUAUACUGAAAAAUGUUACACAUGCAAACAAAGAAGAUGAUAGAAACAGGAAAUGGAAGUGAUUUGGAAGAUGCUACCUUUUCAGGAAUUCUUUCCAUCCAAACAUUUGAAAUAAACAAUUCAACAUUCCGGAUAACAGAACACAAACUUAUCGUAUCUUUCGCUGCAAGUUAAGGUUGACAGAAAACAAAUAAAAGUACAGUGGUAAAAAACAUAAGUAAUUACAUUUUUAACAAUAUUAGAGCCCUCCAGACAUAAAAUAACACCCCUAUAGUCACUUUUACUCUCGUAUUACCCAAUAUAGUAGACAUAUGAGAAAAAAAAGCCAUUUAAGACAUAAGUAAGACUUGUGUCAACGCGUGUUGCUGUAAAUGAGUUCCGGUGUUUGUAAACAGGAAGUGACGUUUGACGCUUCAGAGUGGACUUUUCGCUUGGUGUGGGUUACGGCCUCAACAGUAGGGUUAAUCGUAGGGAUUAUUGUGGUCUGUUGUGAGAUCAAUCAAAACCUGCAAUAAAAUCCUGUUGUUGCGGGGCGAUCAAUUCUGGUGCUUGUGUGUCUCGCCCAACAUUACAGUCACAUUACUGACACCUAGUGGACCAGUGUA